UUGGCUCUGCCCACUAUGACUCAUUUGUUCACGUUGGAAACGACAGGCGGUGGUCUAUCUUGGUUUACUGAUAAAGUAUUUGACUUCAUCGUCACAACAAAUGUUCCCGACUUGUUCCCAACGAGAAACUGCUGCACCGAUCUGAGGUUUGGCAAGUUGAGUCUAUUCGCAGGAAUGGGAAAUUCAACCACCUGUAGUAACCAUCUGGGGAUCCCCCCAGCAAAAGGGCCCAAUGCCGUGGGAUGUUCAGAUUUCAUGAUGGAUCAUACUGUAAAGGGUACCUUCUUUCGGCUAUACUAUCCAUGUGUAGCAUGCGAGGAUGCGGAAAAACCAGACUGGAUCCCAAGCAAAGAAUAUUUCUAUGGGCUUGCAGACUUCAUGAACAUCAACAGAGGCCUGAGUGAACUGAUUUUUAAUUACCUCUUUGGAUCUUUUAAGAUACCUGCUGCCAUGAAUGCCCCAUAUAAACAGAAUGGGAAGUGUCCAGUAAUUGUCUUCUCUCAUGGACUUGGAGCUUUCAGAACUUUAUAUUCAGCCAUAUGCGCAGAACUGGCCUCACAGGGUUUCAUAGUAGCAGCAGUGGAACACAGGGAUGAAUCUGCCGCUGCCACAUUCUUCUACCAUGGAAAGACUGAAGAGCCUGAGGAGAAAGAGGAGUCGCUGCCGCCUAAACCCAACCCCGAGGCCCCAGAGAACCUGGUAGAGGAAUGGAUGUACUACAGAUCUCUGAAACUAGGCGAGAGUGAAUUCCCCCUCAGGAAUAAACAGGUGUUACAGAGAGCCGAUGAAUGCAUAAAGGCUUUGGAUAUACUCAUCCAAAUCAACUCGGGAAAGAAGAUGGAGAACGUGCUCGGGACAGAGUUUGACUGGAUGACUUUGGCGGGAUAUUCCUCCACAUUGGAUAAUAAACAGGCCCUAAGAGUUGUGCAUGAACAAUCGAUUCAUAUUCAGAACUCUAUGGACUUGUGCCGGAUAGCAGUGAUGGGCCAUUCUUUCGGUGGAGCAACAGUGAUCGAAGCCCUCUGCAAUGAGGUCAACUUCAAGUGUGGCAUUGCCCUGGACGCAUGGAUGCUCCCCCUGGAUGAGGAGAUCUAUGCCAGGGUAAAGCAGCCCAUCUUCUUCAUCAACUCUGAGAAGUUCCAGUGGGCCGAGAACAUCAUGGCCAUGAGGAAACUGGUCCCACCUGACUCCUCCUCCACACAGAGGAAAAUGGUCACCAUUAAGGGAACGGUUCACCAGAGCUUCCCAGACUUCACCUUCCUGACAGGCAAUUGGAUCGGGAAGAUCCUGAAGCUGAAAGGAGAAAUCAACCCUCAGGUUGCCAUCGAUCUCUGUAAUAAAGCAUCGCUAGCAUUCCUGCAGCGACAUCUAGGUAUGGAUAAAGACUUCAAUCAAUGGGACCAUCUAAUAGAGGGCAAGGACGACAACCUCAUUCCAGGCACCAAUGUCACAGAACUACCUUAGUUCAAUUCCAUCUAAACUAUGCACUUUACACAGAGGGGGAUGUUGGAUUUCCAGACAAUACCACUAGCUGAACUUAAGGUGCCAAUAUUUGUUGCACUGAGCCUUGAAACUGUUUAAUCAUAGACAAAAUGUAAAAUAGAUGCAAAGCAAUUUCUACUACAGGCCAUCUUAACCAGUACCUAAUUAUGAUUGCUCGGCGAGGGUGCAUAUCUCCAAGUAUUGAGAAACUGCUUUUACUGGUUUCAUAGUAUCUAUAUAGAGCAUCUAAGAACACAAUCUGCUGUACUCAGUAUGUUUUACAUGAACAAAGUUAUGGUUGCAGUGUGCUAUGCGAUUAUACACCUGUAUGGGAUAUUAUUCAAGAGUACGGUUUAGAAAUGGUUUGGAUCAAGGAGUCUUAAUACAGUUUCAAUAUUUCAUUUUAUAACCCCUAGAUGGUUAAUGUGAUUACGACUUUGAUGAACUAUUUGGUGUUUAUUUAGCGUGAUUGCACAGAGUACAGAUUGAGAUCAUGUAGCAUAGAUACAAGAAUCGAACAAAUUGAUUACACUUAGCUCACAAAGGAUGAGAUGUUUCUCGAUUCCUUUGAAUCAGAUCCAUAAAUGUAUCAUGUGCCUUAACCUACAGCAGCCUAGCUGUGUCCUUCCACCUGGGUUGUAUUUGUUAGUCACCAAACGGAAAACUCACGUACACAACCUGAACUUGCCAAUGAGAAAUGCUCCUUUUCCGUUUUCUGUUGCAAAACUUUCAGUAGUGUGGCCUAAUGCAGUUUCUUAACUCCUCGGGUUAACCCCAACAGCACAUAUUGUUGUGGCCCCAGACAAACUGAUUCUACUCGGAGGGCUUGAUGAUUAGUUGACAAGUUGAAUCACGUGUGCUUGUCUGGGCCUCAACAAUGUGUGCUGUUUGGGGUAUUGGAGGACUGGAGUUGGGGAAACACUGCACUAAUAAAUACAACCCUGGAACACUCAAAUGUAACAGCUUAUUUUUCUGUCCUUCAUUUCCAUGCUUUUCAUAUUUACACUACUGUAAUCCAAUGCAUCUAAUUUGUAUACAACUAUAAAUGGAUACUGUGAA